GAGGAGUCUGUUCAAGAACCAGGCUGAAGUUACAGGAAAUCCCACCAUUCCCUGUCGGACGUCAGGAUCUUUGGUGUCAGAACUGGGUGAGGAAGACCCAGCCGGGUAUUCGGGACCCGAAACUCCCCGGAGCUGCAGUGGCCACGGGGGGCGGCCUGGGAAAGUCACCAGUCAGCAGCACAGUGGCGGGAACCGCAGCCCGGCGGCCCUGGAACCUCCCAGGGCUAACUGACCACCCAGACCUGCUCACCUGUGUGGCAGAACAAAGAGGCUUGGAAGAUGGAGAGUGAGGAGACAGUAGCUAAGGAUCCAGGGAAGUGUCCAUCUAUUCAUUUUUCCUGAAAGAGAAACUCAAAGAAGAGAAACUGUAAAAAAUGGCUGAUUCUCCAGUAAACGUGUCGCAGGGUCUGUUGACAUUCAGGGAUGUGACUGUGGACUUCCCCCAAGAGGAGUGGGAAUGCCUGGACUCUGCUCAGAAGGCUUUGUACAUUGAUGUGAUGUUGGAGAAUUACAACAACCUGGUCUUUGUGGAGAACUAUUGCAAAUGUGAUCCUGUCCAUCAACAUCUGAAGACUGAAAAGGAAUCUUGUCAGUAUAAGGAGCUUGGGAAAGUGCUUCAUGACCACUCCAGAUGUGCACUUUAUAAAACAUGUGAAACUACAGAAAACUGUAAUAACUACACAUGUAGUAACAACAAGGAUGCCUCUACUGACUCAUCAAACCUAGAUAGACAUGAAAGUAUGCACACUAGAGAAGAACCUUGCAAAUCUGAAGACCAUGAGAAAUCUUUAAAUUUGUGUUCCAACAUUACUCAAAAUCAGAGACUCUACACUGCAAAGGAGCAUAGGCAGGGAGAAUAUGAUGACUAUUUUGUCUCUGCAUAUAGUCUUUUGCAACAAGCAAUUCGAGAGACACCAUACCAAUGUGGGAAAUGUAGGAAAUGCUUCAGGACUGCUUUAUACCUCACUGAACAUGAGAGAAUUCAUACUGGAAUUAAACCCUACAAGUGCAAUGUUUGUGAAACAUCCUUUACCCAGCUUUCAAGUCUUGAUAUACAUCUAAGACUUCAUACUGGGGAGAAUCCUUACAGAUGCAAAGAAUGUGGAGAAUCAUUUCAUCAGUUGUCAGCAUUUCAAAGCCAUCAGGAGUUGCAUAAUGGAGGGAAACCUUACAAAUAUAAGGAAUGUGACAAUUCCCUUGCCCACUCUUCAACUCUCAAGAAACAACAGAAAAUGCAUAUUGUUGGGAGAAAUUAUAUUUGUCAAGAAUGUGGCAAAGUCUCUCAUCAUCCUUCACACUUUAAGGAUCAUUCCAGAGUCCAUACUGGAGAGAAGCCUUUCAAAUGCAAUGAGUGUGGCAGAUCCUUUCCCCACUAUUCAUCAUUGAGUAGGCAUAGGAAAACUCAUUAUCCAGAGCAAUUAGACAAAUGUAAAGAAUGUGGUAAGUCCUUUCUUGAAUUAUCACAUCUUAAAACUCAUUACAGAAUCCAUACUGGUGAAAAGCCUUUCAAAUGUAAAGUAUGUAACAAAUCCUUUACCCAGCACUCAACCCUUAAAACACACCAGAGUGUUCACACUGGGGAGAAGCCUUACAAAUGUAAGGAAUGUGACAAGUCUUAUACUAGAUACUCAUCUCUAAGAGCACAUCAGAAAAUUCAUACUGUAGAGAAACUUCACAAAUGCAAAGACUGUGAAAUAUCCUUUAUUGAUCUUUCGAGUCUUAUAAAACAUCUAGGAGUUCAUACUGGAGAGAGACCUUACAAAUGUAAGGAAUGUGACAAAUCCUUUACCAGUUUCACAGUUCUUAAAAGACAUCAGAUAGUUCAUACUGGGGAGAAACCUUACAAAUGUCUGGAAUGUGACAAGUCCUUUACUCAGGAGUCAAAUCUUAGAAGACAUCAGAGAGUUCAUACUGGAGAGAGACCUUUAAGUUGUAAAGAAUGUGACAAAUCUUUUACAAGGUGCUCCUACCUUAGAGCACAUCAGAAAGUUCAUAAUGGAGAGAAACCAUACAAAUGCACAGACUGACACAUCAUUUAUCCUGAUUUUGAGUCUUAGAAGACAUUAGAAAAUUCAUACUGGGGAGAAACAUACCAUUGUAAAUAAUGUGACAUAUCAUUUUCCAGUAUUAUCUGCUUUCAAGUCACAACAGUCCAUAAAAUAGAAACAUUAAGAUCACAAACUUGUGAAAGUCUUUAAUGAAGGUUUACCUCUUAAACAAUAUCUUAGAGUUUAUAUUAAAAUAAAAUUUUGCAAAUGUAA